AUGAACUCCAUGCAAGGCAAGCCAGCAAUGCUCAUGACAAAGGGCGUUGUUGAGCUUCGUACGAAUCCGGCACGUCUGGUUGGAAACAUUCUCACUUUCCGGCACCCGGAGUCUAGGAAGGAAGUGACGCUUUUCCCAUUACCCAACAUCGCCUCACGGGCCUACUUCAAACGAACCUUUGAUGCAGAAACACUUAUGAGCCAAUACGAUAAAAUUCUCUGCGAAGACGGGCGCCUUCCCUUCCGGGCGGGUACCCCUGAAGGAAAUAGACAGGUCCUCCUCCGCAAGUGCUUCCCAUUUUUCGCCCUUCGCCCGGUCGUUGCGGAUGGCGAAAAGUUUGACGGAAUUUUACAGCGCGAUAUGAUUGAGUCUCGUAUGGCCUAUCAAAUGGUGUUGGAUGGCUGGGAGCCUCCGGUGGAUCCUCGGGCGCGCCGUGGGGUGGAGCGAAUCGCGACCUACGACGACGGAACUAAAAUAGCCGUCCCUUGGGGCGUCUACCAUAUCCCAUACUUCCGCUAUCGCCUUCAGAAGGAAGGCUAUGUGCAAGUUAGCGCCGAAGAAAUGAUGUUGCUUAAUUUUCCCCAAGUUCUGAAGGUGAUAGUCUUCUUCUCUUUCCUGUCCUUCCUGUUCUUCAUCGUAUUCAUCAUCGCAAUCUUCGGAUAGGAAAGAAAGGGUGAUGGGUGGGUGCCAGUUGUGGCGACGAUAUGGUGAGUGGCUUCGAUAUCCAAAAUGAAAAAAUACCAAAAGACGAUCGAGGGAUGUGGGAGAAGGGAGGAGGUGAACUUGAUCUUUAAAGGAAGUGUUCCGCGUGUCAUACUUCCUAUCGCUACGCAUUCCCUUCUCUUCAAUGAGCAAAAAAGAAAGGUUGAGAAAUGGAACAGGGGAAAAGAAAGACAUCACGCUUUUUUUGCUUUUUUAUCGUUGGGUGCUUUUUCGCUUUUGAAACCCACCAUCCCAGAACAAAAUACCGUAUUACAUUGGUCUCCAAGUGGGUUACAUUUUCCAGCAUAUGAAAGAA